AUGGGCUGCAAUUUGUGCACCUUGCAGAAACGGGAGGAACACUACAAACUGCUAUAUGAGAUUGCACAGGUGAACGGGCGUGACUUCUCCAAGGCGGGCCAUGAGGAGGCGGUGGUGGAGGCCAUCAGACGAGACCCCAUCGUCGUCCAGGUUCUCCGACGAACUCCCAACGGGGCCACAGCUACUGUGUCCCGUAACCAUGGCGGCGUGCCACAGGAAGUGUGUGUGGUGGAUGUGUGCACGCAAACUGACAUCACCUUUGAACACAUCAUGGCGCUGGCCAAGCUUCGGCCCGCCACCCCACCUGUCCCCGAUAUCUGCCCCUUUCUUUUGUCUGACAGCUGUCAUUCCAUCCACACCAUGGAACAUGAGUUUUAUGAGUGUCCAGAGUAUCUGUCCAAUACCCCAGCGGAGGUGGAGAGGCCUGAGGAGUAUGAGUACGAGGAGGUGGAGCUGUGCAGGCAGAACAGCCAGGAGAAGCUGGGCCUGACGCUGUGCUACAGGACUGACGAUGAGGAGGACGCCGCCAUCUACAUCAGCCAGGUGGAGCCUAACAGCAUAGCAGCAAGAGACGGCCGCAUCAAGGAGGGCGAUCGCAUCCUACAGAUAAAUGGCUGCGAAGUGCAAGACAGAGAAAAGGCUGUAGCCUUGUUAUCAAGUGAAGAUGUCAGGAGUAUUGUGCUCCUGGUGACCAGGCCAGAGAUGCAGCUGGAAGAGGAGGUAUGGCUGGACGAUGAGCAACGGGAGCUUCUCGAAGAACUGAAGAUGGAGAUCCUGGAGGAGAGGAGGAAGCAGAAGGAGCAUAACACUGCCAGAGGAGAUGAGCAUCCAGCUGAAGAAGAGGUAACGACAGACACAGCUACCUGUUCCUCCAAUAAUCAGGACAGCGGAUUUGGACGCAGUACAGAGAGUCCAGAGCACCAACCCUUACUGGCCAGGCUCCACAGAAGGAGCCCGGCCCAUGGCCUAAGGGAGCGAUGGCGGGCAGAGCACAACCAGGGCGAUAGGCUGGGGAGGCGAGGGGCUGCAUUGUCUCAAGACACCCAGGGUACCAGGACAUUGCCCAAAGGCCAGGGCCAUGAAGGUGAAGUGGGUAUUCGUGGUGGCGGACGUGGUGUCUUAGGUCUAGAGAAUCGCUUCCAGCAACUUUUGGAGCUCAAGUGUCAGAUCCGGAAUGGAGGCGAGUGCGGCGUGUACUCCAUUCGACACAGCAUCGAGUGUAGCCUUACUGAGCAGGGAGGAGGUGAUGGAGAUGGUAGUGAUGGGGGAGGAGGAGGAGGGGUGGAGCGGGAGUUGAGGAUGCUGAAUGAGGAGCUACGCAGCAUCGAGCUGGAGUGCCAGAGCAUCAUGCAGGCCCACCAGCUCCGCCAGUCCCACCAGCUGGAUCCCCCUCAACCCACAUCCUGCUCCCCAGGACGUAGCCCCAAAGAGGGACACAAGCGGCAAGGCAGGCUGGCUGAUAUCCAUGAACACCCAGAGAGGUCAGACAGCGAUAAGGUCCGAGAGAAGGACAGCUCCAGUGCCUAUAACACAGCAGAAAGUGCCCGGUCGACACCUUUAGGCAUGGAGAGAUCACCUGACCACUCUCUCCAGAGAUGCAUCAAUCUCACCAACCAGAAGAACCUUAGACUGGCCUCGUCAAGUCCCAUCCCCAUCCCCAAGCCCCACGGCACACCUGUUCACAGCAGACCAGACCCAGGCCCCGUCAUCUCCAGCAGCCCAGAUCAGAGCAACCAGUCCCGCUCUGAGUCAGAUCCAGCCCUACCUGCAGAUGAUGAGAGGUGUGAGAAGAAAGGGAGGACCAGAUCUUCCCAGAGGGGGUUGCCAUAUGCCUCUCCUUAUCAAGGUCACCAUCAAGGCCAGGGAGGAGCCAGGCAACUCCAGAGCUACAUGCAGCUGCUGCAGCAGCACUCGUCCCUGGAGUAUUCCCAGAGCCAGCUGAGUCUGCUCAGCGUCUGCCGAGAGCCUCUGCAUCGCAAUGGACGCCCAGGGGAACCCCGGCUCGAGUGGAAGGUCAAAGUUCGCGCUGAUGGCACACGUUACGUGGCACGGAGGCCCGCUCGUGACCGCAUCCUCCGGGAGCGAGCACUGAGAAUCAGAGAGGAGAGGAGUGGAGGCAUGACCACAGAUGACGAUGCUAUGAGUGAGAUGAAGAUGGGCCGCUACUGGAGCAAAGAGGAGAGGAAGCAGCACUUGGCCCGAGCCAGGGAGCAGAGGAAGAGGAGGGAGUUCAUGCAGAAGAGCCGUCUGGAGUGUCUGAGGGAGGGACCAGCCAGCGGAGCUGAAGGCAGGAAGGAAAUCAACAUCUUGGAGCUCAGCCACAAGAAGAUGAUGAAGAAACGGAACAAGAAGAUCCUGGAUAACUGGAUGACCAUCCAAGAGUUAAUGAGCCAUGGAGCCAGGGCCCCGGAGGGCACCAAAGUACACAAUGCCUUUCUUUCUGUCACAACUGUCUAG